GGGGGUGAGAUAAGCCGAGCGUGCAGCAUCCCUUCAGCAGCAUUCGGCUUGCAGGAAGUCAGGAGGCGGCAGCAGCAGCAGCAAGAGUUUUGAGGGGGGAACGAGCAGCAGCACCUCACCCAAAGGGGGCGACGCCACACCUCUCUUGCGGACACACAAACAGACACGUGAAACUGUGAGAAGCUACAACACUUUGGAGAUCAAGGCUGCGUCCAUCGCUUCAUCCAUCCAUCCCUCCAUCGCUGGGACUGAUAUGCUCGCUGCCGUUUGUCUAACCUCUAACCUCGCGUCGCCGUAGCCGUCUCAGCCUGCCCGCCCUGCCCGCGUGUGCGCCGUCGCCUCAUUUGACAACUGACCAAGAGGAACCGAGACAGGAACCCCAAUCUGCCAUCAUGAACUUCCUCCGCCGCCGCCUCUCCGACAGCAGCUUCAUGUCCAACCUGCCCAACGGCUACAUGACGGACCUCCAGAGGCCGGACCCAACUGCGCCCCCUCCCCCGACUGCCUCGUCCCCCUCCCAGCAAGGACCCACCACCACCACCACGACCUCUCCGGCCCCGCCCCAAUCUCCCACCAAAGCUCCGCCUUUAUCCCAGGCCCCGGCCAGCUCGCCGGCCCCUCAGGAGCGCCGCCUGUCCCAACAGGCUCAGCAGUCCCCGCAAGCCCAGUCCUCCUCCUCCUCUGGUGGUUCCUCCGGAUUCUUCAGCUCCUUCAGCUCCAUCACUAACGUGGUCAAACAGACAGCUGCAUCCGCCGCCGGGUUUGUGGAGCAGUCGGCUCCUUCUCCAUCCCUCUCCAAGAAGUUUAAGACCCUACUGGUCAUUGACGAACUUCAGCAUGAGUGGGCCAAAGUAUUCAGAGGAAAGAAGGUUCUCACGGAGUAUGACGUCAAAGUGGAGCAGGCUGAGUUCUCGGACAUUAACCUCAUCUCGUAUUCGAAUGGAACUUGCAGCGUGGACAUGCAGGUCAUCAAGGGCGGGGCCAAAGCCAUCAGGUCCUUCAGGCCAGACUUUGUGUUGGUUCGCCAACACGCCUUCAGCAUGGCCCAGAACGAAGACUUUAGGAACUUAAUCAUCGGUCUGCAGUAUGCCGGCAUCCCCUCUGUCAACUCACUGGACUCCAUCUACAACCUCUGCGAUAAACCUUGGGCUUUUUCCCAGUUGAUCAACAAUCAGAAGAGGCUGGGUGCAGACAAGUUCCCUGUCAUUGACCAGACGUUCUACCCAAACUAUAAGGACAUGAUUACAACGCCAAGCUUUCCCGUCGUGGUGAAGAUCGGACACGCUCACUCCGGAAUGGGAAAGGUUAAAGUGGACAAUGUGAGCGACUUCCAGGACAUUGCCAGCGUCGUGGCCAUCACUCAGACUUACUGCACCACGGAGCCUUUCAUCGACGCCAAGUACGACAUCAGGGUGCAGAAGAUCGGCGUCGACUAUAAGGCGUACAUGCGAACAUCCAUCUCUGGUAAUUGGAAGAGCAACACCGGCUCUGCCAUGUUGGAGCAAGUAGCCAUGACUGACAAGUACAAGCUGUGGGUGGAUACCUGCGCCGAGAUCUUUGGCGGCCUGGACAUUUGCGCCGUCAAGGCCAUUUGUGGCAAGGACGGCAAUGACUACAUCACUGAGGUGGUGGGCUCGUCUAUGCAGCUGGUUGGCGAUCACCAGGCGGAAGAUCGCCAGCUCAUCUCAGAGGUGGUGCUGGCUAAGAUGAACCAGGCCCUGGCAGCCAAGACGUCAGGUGCUUCACGGUCACCCGCUCGCUCCCCUCAGGGCCAACAGAAGACAAGUGCUGCAGCGCCCCAACAAAGCGCCAGCAAUAAAGACGGACCGCCAGAUGCAAGCAAAACCGCUGGCCAGCGUCCUCAACCCCAAGGAGCAUCAGUCAAGCCGCAGGUUGCGGAGUCGCCUUCAGCGACAGUUAAAAAAUCUUCUGAGCCGCCAUCAAAGCCCAGCCAAGCCCAGAAACUGACCCAGAAGCCAAGUCCAGUCCAGAAGGCGGCCUCGGUGACCAAGCCCCCAGUGCCAAGGCCUCCCCCCAUGACAAGAGCGCCAUCUGUCACAAAACCUGCUCCAGAUCCCAGCUCAGCUCCUUCCAAAGGUUCUUCAUCUUCCCCAGCUAAGUCGGCAGCACGUCCGGGUUCCCCCUCGGCUCCCACCACAGAGCAGCCCAAGCCCCAGAUCCCGGGAUCGCCCACCGUAGCUCCCGGAAAACCAAAAGACCUGCCGCCCAAACCCACACCUCCCGCCAAGCCCAUCCCUCCCGUGCGCAGGAACUCCAAGCCACAGCUGCAGCCAAAGCCCCAAACCCCGCCUCCUCCCAGAGCUGCGCCCAAACCGCAGACGACCGACCCGCAAAACCCGGAACCGGCUGAGACCUCAGACAACGGCUCUGCCGCCAGCUCCUCCCCUGGCCCGGCGCAGAUUCAGUCGCCAGCCAAAGCCAGCCCAUCACCGCCUAACGUCCAGUCUCCCGCGAAGGCCAAGGCCGCCUCUCCCUCCCAAAACCCUGAACCCGAAACAGCCGCCGAGGCCCAAGAGGAUCAAGCAGCGUCCCAGCCAAAAAGCCAUCCUCUGCUCAAUAAGUCCCAGUCACUGACCAAUGCCUUCAACGCCUUCAGCGACUCUUCCUUCUUCCGCGGAGUCUCCACCUCCGGCGCCGGCGACGGCCAAGAGGAGGCCAAGGCCGAGACCAUUCGCAACCUCCGAAAGUCCUUCGCCAGCCUUUUCUCUGACUAGAACCCCCUCGCCCGGCCCCUAUAACACGUAUAGCUUCUGGCUCCUCAUCACCCCUUUCUCUUUCUAUGUUGACCAACCAUGAUUGACAUUUCAAUGUGAAGCAGUCUGAGAUGUGCGUGUUAAACUUAAACGUUCUCUGGUCCCUCUUCUCCUUCUUCAUGCCAGCUUCUGGGUAGGAUGUUCCGUGCAUGCAGCUGUACCAGGAUAGGUGGAAUGAGAGAGUUAUGUCGCUGAUAAACACUUAAAUAGAAUAUAAUGAUAGCAUAGGAUACACAAGAGAGUAUAUUUAUUUUCCCACUGCACACUUAAUUGUUGAAACCAUAUUUAAAAAAAAAAAAAAAAGAAGCAUACAGUGGAACCUCCAAGGUGGAACACCCUAAAAUUGGUACAAUUUGAUGAAAAAUAUGCAAAAGAAGUGAUGCUAACCGUAAAACAUGAAAUGGAACUUGGAUGAGCGUAGGAACUGGGAACCGGGUAGGAAAGUCCAUCCAUCCAUCCAUCCAUCUUCUUCCGCUUAUCCGAGGUCGGGUUGCGGGGGCAGCAGCCUAAGCAGGAAAGCCCAGACUUCCCUCUCCCCAGCCAUUUCGUCCAGCUCCUCCCGGGGAAUCCCGAGGCGUUCCCAGGCCAGCCGGGAGACAUAGUCUUCCCAACGUGUCCUGGGUCUUCCCCGUGGCCUCCUACCGGUCGGACGUGCCCGAAAAACCUCCCUAGGGAGGCGUUCGGGUGGCAUCCUGACCAGAUGCCCGAACCACCUCAUCUGGCUCCUCUCCAUGUGGAGGAGCAGCGGCUUUACUUUGAACUUCUCACCCUAUCUCUAAGGGAGAGCCCCGCCACCCGGCGGAGGAAGCUCAUUUCGGCCGCUCGUACCCGUGAUCUUGUCCUUUCGGUCAUGAUCCAAAGCUCAUGAGCAUAGGUGAGGAUGGGAACGCAGAUCGACCGGUAAAUCGAGAGCUUUGCCUUCCGGCUCAGCUCCUUCUUCACCACAACGGAUCGAUACAGCGUCCGCAUUACUGAAGACGCCGCACCGAUCCGCCUGUCGAUCUCACGAUCCACUCGUGAACAAGACUCCGAGGUACUUGAACUCCUCCACUUGGGGCAAGAUCUCCUCCCCUGAGAUGUGCGUAGGAAAGUUUCUGUAUUAAUUAAAGACAAAUUGGAUUCACUAUUUCCAAGUUGAUAAAAACGACCACAAAGCUCAAGAUAGUAAUGCAGUGCCAGCAGUAGCCAUAAAUCACCACCGGGUGUCAGUAUCACUCUGCAAUCAUCUCAAUUGUCAAUCAUUUUUAAAGCAUGCAUGAUUUUACUUCAUUGGAGUUUCCACUGUACCAAAUACUACAGACAGAAUGUACAUAGAGUAUAUAUGCAGUGAGCGUUAUUUAAUAAAGAAACUAUGGAAAUAAGCCAAAAUCAGUGACAUAACUCUUAAAAAUCAUGAAGUGUCUGGAUUUCUACGCAUUUUAACCAAUAGUGAUAUAUUUGAUGGUUUCCCUCGUAAUGCAGUAUUUUCGCAGUUUUUCGGUCCCUACGUGAACUUGUCAAAUGUGUAUACCUGUGUAAAAUCCAGAUGUGGUGUCUCUCCGGUCUCAACGUUCACUGUCCCAAAGUGCGAGGGAGUGUGUGUGUGUGUGUGCGUGUGUGUGUGUGUUUGUUUACGUUGUUUGCAUGGCUCCUCCGUGUGGCUCCCCCGUGAAUCUUCGGAGCUGUAGGAGCUUCUUCUAACAGUGUUGACGUUAGCCUUUCGUUGCCUAUCUCUCUCUCUAGAUGUUGUAGCCUUAUCGUGUUUCACAGCUUGGUGGUUUAGCUGUGCAGACCUGACUCCUCUUGAAAUUCAUUCAUCUGCCGCUGAAAGCGCGCAAAGUCUUUCACGGGGCAGUUACCAGUGCUCCCAGUCGAGUCAAUUUUCAAGAGGAAUAGACACAUGUCUGUUGCCGUGACUGCCGGUUUUCUUGUUUCACCCGUGUGUAGGUCUUUUCUACGGUAUUUGUCAUUUGUUGAGUAUGCUCACGUAAACAAGACAUUGAGACAGUAGUGCAAUAACACCUUUGACGUGACUGUUGCGUGCCGUCACCCUAGUAUCCAUUGAAAUAUGAUUGUUUAUAUGUUCAACAUUCCUUUAACUGGGAGCCUUUUUCCAGGUUUUAGCAGUAAGAAGCACACUUUUGGUCUGCUGGUCGUUGAGUUCACACCAGACCAAAACAUACUAGAACUGGAUUAAAACGGUCCACAGCGUGAAAGCACCCUUUAAAGGGGAACAUUAUCACCAGACCUAUAUAAGCGUCAAUAUAUACCUUGAUGUUGCAGAAAAAAGACCAUCCAUCCAUCCAUCCAUUUUCUACCGCUUAUUCCCUUUUGGGGUCGCGGGGGGCGCUGGAGCCUAUCUCAGCUACAAUCGGGCGGAAGGCGGUGUACACCCUGGACAAGUCGCCACCUCAUCGCAGGGCCAACACAGAUAGACAGACAACAUUCACACUCACACUCACACACUAGGGCAUAUUUUUUUAACCGAUUUCCGAACUCUAAAUGGGUGAAUUUUGGCGAAUUAAACGCCUUUCUAUUAUUCGCUCUCGGAGCGAUGACGUCGCCAUUUUCUCACUUUCGUCGGUGUGUUGUCGGAGGGUGUAACAACACGAACAGGGACGGAUUCAAGUUGCACCAGUGGCCCAAAGAUGCGAAAGUGGCAAGAAAUUGGACGAAAUUUGUUCAAAAUACGAGGGUGUGGGGAAAGCCGACGAAAUGGUCAGUCGUUUGUUCCGCACACUUUACCGACGAAAGCUAUGCUACGACAGAGAUGGCAAGAAUGUGUGGAUAUCCUGCGACACUCAAAGCAGAUGCUGACAUCAUGGGGCGGCGUGGCGCAGUGGAAGAGUGGCCGUGCGCGACCCGAGGGUCCCUGGUUCAAUCCCCACCUAGUACCAACCUCGUCAUGUCCGUUGUGUCCUGAGCAAGACACUUCACCCUUGGUCCUGAUGGGUGCUGGUUAGCGCCUUGCAUGGCAGCUCCCUCCAUCAGUGUGUGAAUGUGUGUGUGAAUGGGUAAAUGUGGAAGUAGUGUCAAAGCGCUUUGAGUACCUUGAAGGUAGAAAAGCGCUAUACAAGUACAACCCAUUUAUCAUUUAUCAUUUAUCAACUCCAAAACUGGACAGAUCAGCUUUCAGGAAAAGAGACCGGAUGAAGGUAUGUCUACAGAAUAUAUUAAUUGAUGAAAACUUUAUUCAAUUCUCGCGGUUUUACGUAAAUUAUUAUACAUAAACUGUGUUUACCAGUAAUUUAGCUUAAAAACAUUUAUUUUUUUCAAUCAUUCGAGUAGAUUCGGGUAGUCUUGUGUAAUGCAGUAUUUUGUGUCUAUUUAGGUAUGGUUAACUUGAGUGCUGAAAUCGUGGAAAAAUAUAUGUUCUUAGCGCGCCUGAAAUGGGCUGUCUGCACUCUCAAAGUGCAUGUUGUUGCCAAAUGUAUUUCAUAUGCUGUAAACCUAGUUCAUAGUUGUUAGUUUCCUUUAAUGCCAAACAAACACAUACCAAUCGUUGGUUAGAAGGCGAUCGCCGAAUUCGUCCUCGCUUUCUCCCGUGUCGCUGGCUGUCGUGUCGUUUUCGUCGGUUUCGCUUGCAUACGGUUCAAACCGAUAUGGCUCAAUAGCUUCAGUUUCUUCUUCAAUUUCGUUUUCGCUACCUGCCUCCACACUACAACCAUCCGUUUCAAUACAUGCGUAAUCUGUUGAAUCGCUUAAGCCGCUGAAAUCCGAGUCUGAAUCCAAGCUAAUGUCCCUAUGUCUUGCUGUUCUAUCCGCCAUGUUUGUUUGUAUUGGCAUCACUAUGUGACGUCACAGGAAAAUGGACGGGUGUAUAUAACGAUGGUUAAAAUCAGGCACUUUGAAGCUUUUUUAGGGAUAUUGCGUGAUGGAUAAAAUUUUUAAAAAAACUUCGAAAAAUAAAAUAAGCCACUGGGAACUGAUUUUUAAUGAUUUUAACCCUUCUGAAAUUGUGAUAAUGUUCCCCUUUAACAGAGUCUUUGUGUUCUCCUUUGGUCAGGUGUAACUGUGUUUACACCGGACCAAAUGGCGCUAGAACUGAAAUUAAACAGACAGUUUACAAACAGUGUGUAAGCAACUUAUCCUAGGUGUGGUAAAGUGUCACUGUUCACAACAGAUCAAAUUGAAUUUGAACUGGUUUUAAACAAAUACACCCUUUAACAGUGGAAAAGUUUAGAACACUAAGCAUCCUGUUUUUGUUUGGUCUUUAAGUGUCACUAUGUUCACACCAGACCAAAUCAAACUAGAAUUGGACUUAAACAGACUAAAAUGUGCCAGUGUGAAAGCAACUUAUCCUAGGCUUGGUAAAGUGUCACUUUUCAUAACAGACCGAACAGUUUCGAAUUAAAAAACAAAACAUCUGGGUGUGUUCCGUUGGUCAAGUGUCAGUGUGUUUACAGCAGACCAAAGGGCGCUAGAACUGGAUUUAAACAGACCAAAAUGUGCGAGUGUGAAAGCACCAUUUAAGAGUUGAAUAGUUCAGACUAAAACGUGUGUUCACACAAGACCAAAUCAAACUAGAAUUGGACUAAAACAGGCUAAAUUAUGCCAGUGUGAAAGCAACUUAUCCUAGGUGUGGUAAAGUGUCACUGUUCACAACAGAUCAAAUUGAAUUCAAACUGGAUUUAAACAAAUACACCUUUUAACAGUGGAAAAGUUUAAAACAGAAAGCAUCCUGUUUUCCUUUGGUCUUUAAGUGUCACUGUGUUCACACCAGACCAAAACAAACUAGAAUUGGACUAAAACUGACUAAAGUGUGCCAAUGUGAAAGCACCCUUUACAAGUUGUUUUCCUUUGGUCAAGUGUCACUGUUCAUAACAGACCAAAUUGAAUUAGAACUGGAUUAAAAUGGACCAAAAGGUGCCAGUGCGAAAAAGCACCCUUUCAAGAUUGGAAUAGUUUUGAGUAGAAAGCAGCUUUAGUGGUUUCCUUUGGCCAAGUGUCACUGAGUUUACACCAGACCAAAUGGGACUAGAACUCGAUUAAAACACUCCCAGUGGUGCUAGAGUGAAUGGACCAUUUUAGAUUCCAGCAGUUUUGAAUAAAAAAAAACAUCUGGGUGUGUUCCGUUGGUCAAGUGUCACUGUGUUUACAGCAGACCAAAUGGCACUCGAACUGGAUUUAAACAGACCAAAAUGUGCGAGUGUGAAAGCACCCCUAAAAAGUUGAAUAGUUCAGACUAAAAAGUGUGUUCACAAAAGACCAAAACAGACUAUAAUUUGACUAAAACGGACUAAAUUAUGCCAGUGUAGUCAAGUGUCACCAUUCAUAACAGACCAAAUUGAACUAGAACUGGAAUAAAACUGACCAAAAAGUGCCAGUGUGAAAAAGCACCCUUUUAGGACUGGAAUAGGUUUUAAUAGAAAGCUGUCUACGCGUUUUUCUUUGGCUAGGUGUCAUUGUGUUUACACAGGGCUAAAUGGAACUAGAACUGGAUUAAAACACAACAAAUGGUGUUAGAGUGAAUGCACCCUUUAAGAUUUCAACAGUCUUAAAUUUAAGAAAAAUGUCUGGGCAUGUUCCUUUGGUUAGGUUUACUGUGUUUACACCAGUCCAAAUGGAGCCAGAACUGGAUUUAAACGGUUGCCAGGGCGAAUGCACCCUUUAAGAGGGAAAUAGUUCAGAAUAGAAAGCAUCCUGGGUGUUAUCCUUUGGUCAAGUGUCAUUGUGUUCACACCAGACCAAAACAAUCUGGAACUGGAUUUAAACAGCCAAUGUGACAGCACCCUUUACUAGUUGUUUUCCUUUGGUCAAGUGUCACUGUUCAUAAAAGACCAAAUGGAUUUGGAACUGGAUUCGAAUAAACCAAAGUGUGGAAGCACCCUUUAUGAUUGGCGUAGUUUAAAAUACAAAGCAUCCUGGGUGUUUUCCUUUGGUCUAGAGCCACUGUUUACACCAGAACAAAUGGAUCUCGAACUGGAUUAAAACAGACCAAAAAGGUGCCUGUGUGAAAAAGCACCCUUUAAGGGUGAAAUAGUCCAGAAUAGAGAGCAUCCUGUCUGUUAUCCUUUGGUCAAGUGUCAUUGUGUUCACACCAGACCAAAACACUCGAGUACUGGAUUAAAACAGCCAAUGUGACAGCACCUUUUACUAGUUAUUUUCCUUUGGUCAGGUGUCACUGUUCAUAAGAGACCAAAUGGAUUUGGAACUGGAUUCGAACUAACCAAAGUGUGGAAGCACCCUUUAAGAUUGGCGUAGUUUAAAAUUCAAAUGAUCCUGGGUGUUUUCCUUUGCCCAAGGGCCACUGUUUACACCAGAACAAAUAGAUCUAGGAAGUGGAUUAAAACAGGUGUCUGUGUGAAAAAGCACCCUUAAAGGGUGAAAUAGUUCUCAGUAUCUGUGUUUUCGUAUGGCUAGGUGUUAUCGCAUCUAUACCUGACCAAAACAAACUAGAACUACAUUAAAACAAAAAUAGUUUUCAAUAAAAAAUAGCAUGGGUGAUUUUAUCUUGGUCCAGUGUUAAUGUGUUCACACCAGACCAAAACACUCUGGAACUGGAUUAAAACAGCCAGUGUGAAAGCACCCUUUACUAGUUUUCCUUUGGUCAAGUGUCACUGUUCAUAACAGACCAAAUGGAUUUGGACCUGGAUUCAAGCAGAUCAUAAGGUGCCAGUGUGGAAGCACCCUUUAAGAUUGGCAUACCGGUAGUUUGAAAUACAAAGCACUCUGGGAGUUGUCCUUUGGCCAAGGGCCAUUGUUUACACCAGAACAAAUGGAUCUAGAACUGGAUUAAAACAGACCAAAAAGGUGCCUGUGUGAAAAAGCACCCUUUAAGUGUGAAAUAGUCCAGAAUAGAGAGCAUCGUGGGUGUUAUCCUUUGGUCAAGUGUCAUUGUGCUCACACCAGACCAAAACACCCUAGAACUGGAUUAAAACAGCCAAUGUGACAGCACCCUUUACUAGUGGUUUUCCUUUGGUCAAGUGUCACUGUUCAUAAGAGACCAAAUGGAUUUGGAACUGGAUUCGAACAAACCAAAGUGUGGAAGCACCUUUUAAGAUUGGCGUAGUUUAAAAUUCAAAGCAUCUUGGGUGUUUUCCUUUGGCCAAGGGCCACUGUUUACACUGGACCAAAUAGAUCGAGAACUGGAUUAAAACAGACCUGUUUGAAAAAGCACCAUUUAAGGGUGAAAUAGUUCUUAGUAUAAGACAGCCUCGGUGUUUUCGUAUGGCCAGGUGUUACCGCAUUUAUACCCGACCAAAACAAACUCAAACUAGAUUAAAACAAACCCUUUAGAAAUAGAAUAGUUUUCAAUAAAAGAUAGCAUGGCUGAUUUAUGUUGAUUCGGUGUCAAUGCGUUCACACCAGACCAAAGCAUACUGGAACUAGAUCAUAAGAGAAGGAGUGCGUUCACACUAGCAUAUUUUGAGAGUGGCAUAGUUUCGAAUGAAAGACGGCCUGGAAAGCAUCCCGAUCCGAGCUUUUAUCCCUCGUCAUGUUGCCAAUAAGUAACCUUAUUGUUUGUAUGAAUGUUUAUCUGUAUGGGUGGAUGUACUGUAUGUACAGACGGGUGACAAAAAAGGAAAAAAAACAGCCAAGAAAAGGAAUAAAUGAGGAUUAUAUGUCGGGUAGUUAUUGAUGAAAACAAUCACCCUGUAAUUGUCAUUUCUUGUCACCACCAUCAUUAAGAUGCUAAAAAACUGCCCUUAGAAAUUACUUCCAAGCUUGCCCCUGUCGCCUUAUUGACACUUUGAUCAUGUUGGUUUUAACUUUCACUUGUCACCCAUCUGUAUGUGCCAUCUCAGGAUAAAUUGAUUUAUUUAUUUUUUUGGAGGUUGCAUAUUUUGGGUAUACUAGUACAGGUUUUUGUUGUUGUUGUUGUUUUGUAGGGUGUUUAUAUUUGUAACGCAAUAGCGCUUUGCAUGAUUUGGUGACUGAUGAUGCUUUAUUUUAAUGUACAGAGUAAAAGUUCAUAAUAAAGAUGUGGCUCCAUCAUUCCAAGUCAAACUCA